AUGUCGCAAAGCCCGCGUGGUACCAACGAUGUCGCCGACGAGGGCAGUGAACUCUCCGUUGCGGGGCGGCGAGCGGGAGACGAUGUCGUGAACGGUGAGACACGACAACUCAUCGCAGGGUGUCUCGCGGAAUACACCACUGCUGUGGUGCGGGUUCCGCGGAGUGAAAGCAAAGCUCUGUCGACGAUGAAAAGAGUCGUAGGUGAUCUGUUGACGAAACACACCUUUGCAUUCAAUGGUAUGGUCUCGAAGGCCUCAUCGAUUGACCAAGGAAAAGACGCAAAGUGCAUUGGUGCGGUGGCCGAUUACCUCUUUGCAGACGGUGUCACCAACUGGAGCCGAGUGGCAGCCCUGGUAGCUUUCGGGUCUACACUGUGUCAGCAGGCGGCCGACGGGGACAGGGGGGACCGCGUGAAGCUGGUAGGGGAUGAGAUAUCGACAUACCUGCUGACUAACCAAAAGACGUGGCUGGAGGAUAACGACUCGUGGAACGGAUUCGUGGAGUUCUUUCGAACAACGGACCCUGAGUACACAUCGAGCAGCGCAGUGGUGACCUUCGCUAAUCAGAAGCCCAACGUCUUCCAGCGCGUAAAGGGCCGAGAGCAUCCUGGCCUCAGCCCCCCUGUCCCGUGGCAGGAACACAGUGCCAAGCAUGUCGGGGACCGCAUCAAAAGAGUGCAACUUCCCUAG